AUGGAAGAGAGCAAGCUCAUCUUCAGCCUGGACGGCCACGAUGAAGGUCCCACCGUGGCCUUUUGCAAAGAGAAGCAACACAAAAGGGAGAGCCGGCCUGACCUCGGCCUGGGGAUGGAUUUGGACCUGAGCCGAAGUCACCGCUCCCAGCCUCCCUUUCUGUCUCACUCCCCCUCAUCCCCGGGCUCUUUGGCGGACCUAUCGGAAUCAUCGGCAGACCUGCUCGUCACCACCAACCUCGUCAAAUCCUCCUCCACAGACCUGGAGCCGAGGGAGAGCAGCUCCCUGCGCGGCAAACCUCUGCUCAGCCUGGUCAAGUCGCUGAGCACCGAGAUAUCCCGCCGGGUCGAGCCAGAGGUCAACCUCUCCAAGUCAGACUCCAAGCUGCAUUUGCAUCCCUGGAAGCAGCUUACCCAUCCAAAAGUAUUAGAAGCCAGGCCUGUAGCAGACGAGCUGAACGAGAAUGAUGACUGGGAGCUGCCUCCUUCCGCGGAGCCCCGUGGCAGCUCACUGAUCGCUGAGCUAGAGGACACACGGAGGAAAUUCUCCGAGGCCAUGCAGGACCCGCUGAGCAUGCUGAGUAAGAUCAUGGGGGACGAAAGCUCCGGCAGCCCAAGGCAAGGGAAAGCUUCUGGUGGCGGAGACUCGCCGUCCUCCCAAGGCAGCGAAGAUGCAGACCUGAAGUGCCGAAGGAGAGCUGAAGGGGAGCACAUAGGUGUGUGUGACACGCCUCUGAGAAGACUCCAAAAGAGCUCCUCAACAACAUCGUCUGUCUCCCCAGAACGCCACAGCGGUGACAGCCGUUUGGAAAUCUGCACCUAUGGAGACGUGAUUCAGGUGGUGGAGCUCCAGAAUGGAUCCAGGGGGACGACACAUAGAACUUACACCCAGUCUCGAGUCCCAUUGCCAGGCUCCUCGCUGCCUCUUCACUGGCUCUUCCCUGUGGGUCUUCUGGCUUAUGGUUUCUUUGUGUUGCCCCUGCCCUCCUAUGUGACGGGUCUGUCCGUGGGGGUUGCAUGUGGCUUUAUGUUGGGCCUGGUGGUGGUGUUCAUGUUUGCUCCGCGACACUCGGCGGCCAGAAGCAACAAGGGUUUGGGCAAAUCCAGACCCCUGAACAUGGAGUCACCGGACGGAGAGCUCACGGUUCCAGAAGUCCUAGAGGGCUGGAUGAAUGAGACACACAGCUACGACCCUGAGACCUUCCACCCCUCCGUCACACACUCCGUCUACGUCACCCUGGGGGGCAGCCAGCUGCGCCUGGCAUACCCUCGCACCAACAUCCCCCGGUGGGCAGCGUUCGACGAGACGUCCCACGAGGCCGUGUUUUUGCGUUCACGCACUUACACGCUGGCUAACUCGAAGGUGUCUCUGUUGCCGCCCGGUUUGGCUCGCAAGAGGAUCUGGAACAAGAAGUACCCCGUCUGCCUCACUCUGGCCGAGGGGGAGGCAGGAGAGGAGAGCGUGGUCGAAGGGAAGGAGGAGGACGAAAGGGCAGAGAAACACACGGUCCCGGACCGUCAGCUUCCUGUCACCUUGUACCUGUUUGGCCGCACAGGGAGAGAGAAGGAGGAGUGGUUCCAGCACUUCCUGUCUGCCUCUCGGGCCGGAGCCCAGAGCAGUGUGAGCAGGGAGGAGAAUGCAGAAGCACCAUGUGCUGGAGACGCUGCUAGAGAGGGCACAGAGCUGCACGAUCUGCCGGGAGCUCUGAAAACAAGAAUGCUAUUGGAGUACAGCACCUACAUGACUCAACUGAUUGGCCCGCAGAGCUGCAAUCCCGCCCCCAGCCCCUGCCACAGUGACAAGGGAAGCCCCGCAGCCCACAAGAAGACUCACAAUGAAGAGCAUGGAUCUGGAGGUCAAGCAGGAGAUGAGCCCCGUGCAGGUUCAGUGGCAGAGGGACGCUCUGCAGAGGGCCAGCCCACCUGGGUGAACUCCCUGGUGGGACGCAUCUUCUGGGACUUCCUGCGGGAGAAGUACUGGACCGAUCAGGUGGCGCACAAGAUCCAGAAGAAACUCAGCAAGAUCAAGUUGCCAUACUUCAUGAAUGAACUGACGCUGGCAGAUCUGGACAUGGGCACUUGUCUACCUCAAGUCCUCAGCACCUCCACACCAACACUUGACCGCAGAGGCCUGUGGCUGGAGCUGGAGGUGAUGUACACAGGCUGCCUUCAGAUGUCCCUACAGACUAAGAUGAACCUGUGUAAACUGGGCAAAGAUGUAGAGGACGAGGCUCACAGCGUCCUAGAGACCCAGCAAGUGGGCUCUAAGCCCAGGCUGUGUGUACUGGCUGAUAGCGAUGAAGAGUCAUCCAGCGCAGGCUCGUCUGAUGAAGAGGAAGCCUCCCCCUUUGAGCCGCAGGCGUCUCUAGGGGAGAAGAGCACAAUGGUAGCAGCUGAAGGGCACACUGGUGGCAGCACAAGUAGGAAGAUCUUGAGAUUUGUGGACAAGAUAGCGAAGUCCAAGUACUUCCAGAAAGCCACAGAGAACGAGUACAUCAGGAAGAAGAUCGCUGAGGUGUCUAACAUGCCUCUGAUGCUCAGCGUUGAGGUCCUGGAGCUCUCCGGCACUCUGGCCAUCAACAUCCCACCUCCCCCCACCGACAGGAUAUGGUACAGUUUCCGUGUGCCUCCCAGGUUAGACCUUCAUGUGCGACCCACACUCGGGGAGAGGGAGGUCACCUUCACUCAUGUCACUGAGUGGAUUGAGAGAAAACUGCAGUGUGAGUUCCAGAAAGUGCUUGUGAUGCCCAAUAUGGAUGAUCUGUAUCUGCCCCUGAUGACAUCCGGCCUGGAAAACCCACCUGCGUCCCACCAGUCGUCAAUCCAUUCCUCAUCCCACCAGUCCUCGAUGGAGUCCCAGGAUUACCUGUCGGAGUAGUGCCCCUUUAAGGCCACAGGUGUAACAAAGAAAAGCCAAUGUGCAGCUAUUGCCAUGACUCUGGAAUGUGUUUGAGGCUGCUGCUGCUACCGGCUUGGUGUUUAUCUUGAGUUGUUGGUUGUAACCUGUGCAGGAUAAAUGCAGCUGAGCAAGGCAGUGACCUCGAGACUGGUGCUAAAGUGCCCUCUACCGUGAAGAUGAUUGAACUGUACAACAGUCGGAGCACUUUUUUAAUGUGAUGCCAACACUGAUAAAAGAUGUAAAUACAAGG